CCGAAGGCGGACAUUUCAAGUUGCCAUAGACGCUCCCCUGGCGGCUAUGAGGGCGGCGGGUGGCUGUUGAUGGCCGAGGACGGGCCGCUAGCGCGGGCGGGAUGGAUCUUUGCGGCGAGUUAAAGGCUGCAGGGUACUUAUGGCGGACUCAUCGAGUGACUCAGACACAUGCCUUCACAAUUUUUCCAGGCGGCGAGGACCACUGAAGGCAAAGGCUAAGCGAAGGAGCAGAAUGCACAAUGCUGUCGAUGUGUCUGAAAAAAUAGACACAUUAACAAGCACUUUGCAGGAUACCAGUCGAGACCUAUCGAGCGUUGAUCGGAUGCUGGGGCGCUAUAGAGGCUAUACCAAUGAACAAAUGGAGACAGUGGCACAGCUGCGAGAUGAUUUGGAACAGUCCAUUGAUGAGUUGCGAAGUCAGCGAUUGAGCAGACACUCUGGACGUUCCAUUCCUUCUCUUCAUACCAGUGACCUUCAAGGUAACUCAGCAACAGAAAGUCGUCGAUAUCGUCCUACCUCACCCCUCAGAGACCCUGGAGGGUACCUAGGAGCAGAGCGUAGAAGGUCUAGAUCUGCAACUGUGAGAUUUGUAGAUGACCUGGAAUCAUUAAAUCAUGUACAUACAUUGCAUCAGUCACUAAGAGAUCUAAGGAGUGACCAGUUGCGCCUUGGAGAAGAGUUUGAUGACGAAAUAGCAAAGCGGAAUAGGACAGACGUAGUGACUCGAAAAACUGUGGACUCUUUAUCAGAGAAACUCCGAGACAUGUCCAGAACAGAAACGGUUUCGCAAAGGGUUGAAAGACGCCUGCAAGAAAUUGAAAAAGAAAUGAGAACUGAACGAGAAUUAGCAGAACGUCGGCAGGACCAGCUAGGACACAUGGCUGUACAGCUGAAGGAGGAGUUGAAGAAGCACAAUGGUAAAAUUAAUGAAGUGGAAGAGAUGAAGAGUAAACUUGCAAAAACCGAAGAUGAGAAGUCCCUGAUUGAACAAGAGCUUGGCCGCACACGCCGAAGGUUGGAUCAGUCAGAAGGAAGUCGGGAAACACUGGCCAGUCAGAUAGAUGAUUUGCGCUCUCAACUGUUGAGGGCUGAACAGGAACGAGCAACCUUGCAACACAGGAUUUCACAAUCACAGCAGAAAAGUUAUCAUGGAGUAGAGGAGGAUGACAGACAGAACCAAGCAGGGGCUGGGAGAUCAGAUCAUGAGAAGCAAUUGCUGGAGAAACAGAUUUUGGAGCUCCGAGCACAGUUAAACCGUAACGCUGUCCUUUCUGAGGCUGAAGAGCUGAAACGGUCGCUUGAGAGACAGCAGAAGGAGAAAUCUCAACUUUGUGCACGUAUUGAGGCUCUCAGUUCAGACCUAGAGAAAAGAGAGAAGCAGCAAUUGAGGAUGCUGAGCCAGCUUCAGGAAAUACAGAACCGUUAUGAUGACUGCAUGCAGGAUCGUAAAUCUGCAGGUUUGGAGAUUGUAGAUCUAGCCCGUCAGUUGAAAGAGUCUAGUGUGGAAACUGACAGAUGCAGGGCUCAGUUGAAAGAAGUAGAGCUCCUUCGAUUAGAGAGUGAAAAGAGGAAAGAUGAACUGAAAAUAAAAGCUCAGGAGUCUAUUAAACAGUGGAAAAUCAAAUGCAAGAAAUUGGAGCGUGAUAUGGAAAAGCAGAAGGAGAUCACCGAUCAAUGGACAGAGCAGUACAACCAAGCAAGUAAAGAGAAAGAAGCACUCCAGAGCCAACAAAUGGUGGCCUUGCAUCAGAUGGAGAACCUCCGUAAGGAACUCAACGAUGUCAUACUCAAACGGGUGCAGCAGGAGGAGGAUAUGCGACGGAAAGAUGUGGAGCUCAAUGAGUUGAAAUCGAGGCUGCUGGACUUGGAUGGAAAGCUGCAUGAUUCUAAGGAGUCUUUGAGCAAACUGGAGGAUGACUUGCGUAAGCAGUGCAUGUUGCACGCACAGACCAAAGAGGAGAAGCAGCACCUGGAGGAUGAGUUGUUGACCUUGAGCAGGCAGAAUGAAAAGGGUCAGGAGAAGCUCUUGGAAAUGCAGCGCGCGAUCUCCGAGCUAAGUGCCAUUCGUUCUGAACUCAUUACUAAACUAGCUCAGGAAGAGAUAUCCACUAAGGAGAUUAGAAAGAGUAUCUUGGAAGCCCAGGCAAAGCAGGCCUUAGCCCAAGAGGAACUUACUUCCAUCAGCAGCCAAUUGAAGUUGGAGAGGGAUGCACACCAACAAGAACUUGUGGGCAUCAGAACAGAGAUGCAAACCUUAAGAACUGAACAUGAAAGGAAUAUGCAGGAAGCACUUAAACAAUUUCAACAAGAACGGGACAAACUAGAAAAUAACAUAAGUGAGCUAAAGGCCGAGCUAACGGAGGACAAGAAUUUGACUAAAACACAGCGACGUCAGAUGGAAAAGGUCAAAACAGAAUGCAACAAGCUGACAGAAGAGCUAAUUCAGGGUGAGGCGGAAAACGCAAAGCUCAGGAGGAAGUACCAUUUGCUGAAGCAAGAACUGGAAGAAAAGGGUAAGCUGGCAGUUAACGGUGAAGAAUGUGCAAGGCAACUGGAGCAAAUAACAUUUCAGCUUAAAGAUCAGAUUAGAAGAGUCCAAACAGAGCAAGAGACGAUCCUUUGUGCUGUAGGAAAAGAAAUUGAUGCUGCGUGUGAUUUCCUCUCCAGGGAUCCUGGUGACAAGUUCAAAGCAAUAACACUUACACCUGGAUUAGAAAAUGAUCCCCAUCGCUGGCUGGCCGAAAUGAAGACCAAGCUACAAUGGUUAUGUGAAGAAGUGAAGGAACGAGAUGGACGAGAGCUCAAACUGCGAUGCCAUCUACGGCAGUGUCGAGGGCAGCUGAAGGAGCUCUUACAGGACAAGGAGUCAGAGAGCCAACUUUUCAUAGAGCAAAUUACAAAACAAGAACACCUCCUUGAGGAAAUUCACAGGGAAAAAAGAGGUAGCCGUGGCAAAGAAUUACUGCAAAAGAUGUGUCAGAAAGAUGAAGAGAUGAGAACAUUGCAGGAUCGGAUUGCGGACUUGGAAAGUAGCACACGGGUGGCUUUGGACCAUCUUGAAUCGGUGCCAGAGAGGUUGAGUAUCCUAGACGGCAUCCGGGAUCUGGAGGAUUCCCAGCGUCACCGAGAGAUGAUAGAAGAGCGAUACUCCAAGUAUAAGGAGAUAGUGAGUUCCCUGCAACAGCAGCUGCGAGACUCAACAAGGAGGAUUCAGGUAUACCGGCACCAGAUGGCAGCGGCAGGCACCGAAAUCUGCCGUCCGCAAAGGGAGACACAAGCCGAGGACAAGAGCUCUGCAGAGCUGCUAAUGGAAGAAAGUCUCCUGCAGAAAAGGACAAGUAUUAGGCCACAAAGAUCAAGUGACGUUGUAUGUUUUUCCAGCAGCUUUAGCGGAUGGCGCUUACCUUGUAUCAAGCAGGGUGGCUGUGAGCGUUUACUGAAACAUGUUCCCAUCCAUUAUACGGGUGGUAGCAGCAGGCACUCUAAGUGCCUCUAAAAGCACAGUCUUUUCAAUUUAUUUCCUUUGUAUUUACCAACACACGAAGUGUGUGCCGAAAUUAAUAUUGUAAAAACACUCCUCAAUGGCACCGUUUUGAAAGCUGUAAAAUUCUAAAUUUACAGUUGUUCAACCUGUUCAGGGGGGAAAUGUGUUUGCUAGAUAUUGACUAGAGGCUCUUAGCUUCAAACAUUCAAGCUACCUUUAAAAAUGAUCCCUCAAAGCAAUUUAACAGCAGAUGUAACGUGUGAGAAGGGGCUGUUCUCCAGCAUCUGAUCUACCUCUUCCAUUAAAGAUAACAUAAAGGGUUGGGGAGAGGUGGUAGGCUGGGGAAAUGGAAUGGUUCCCCCCACACCAGUGUCCGCCCACCGCAAUAUGCUUCCGUUGAAAGGGGACCAUGAAUCGUAUCUUCAUUUGGCUGGGGUGGUGGCUGCCUCCUUCCCACAAUGAGAUCUUCAGUUGCGGGUGUGCAGGUCGGCCUGAGCUGUGCUCGUAUAGCAAUCGGGGACACUCGGCAGCUCUGUGAGGAUGAGGUGCCCUCCCCUGUCCUCAUGUACUGACCCGGUGUCAUCCCUAUCCUUUUGUUGGUAUUCGGUUUUAUGGAACAUGAAGGAUCUUCUAAAACCUAGAUAUAAGAUUUUUUUUUUGGUUAUAUUUCAGGCAGAAACAGAAUGGAGAUGGGGCAGAACCACUGCUGGUAGCUGACUGUAGGGGUGUUGCCAUGUGUGCUUCCAAAUUGUUUACUGGCCAGAAGUAUACAGAGGGAUUGCUUUUAUCAAAGCUCUAAUACAACAAUAUUGCCUUUUCAUUGUGUUGGCAUAACACCUCACAUGGUUGGAUAGCAAGUUAAAAAUCCCAAAAAAUGAAGGGUUUGGUUACUAUUUUUGAAACAAAAAAUGAAUGCCUCAUUGGGAGCAGAAGGAGGCACUAUAUGCUGGGCUCCCACAGUUCCGUGGAGAUGGGAUUAGAAGAAAGUGGAGCCAGGAAAAUAGGAGAGAGCCAUGUUGGGACAGCUCUCUCUGAUGGGUGUCCGAGACUGUUAUAGGCAUAAGUGGAAAGUAACUUCUCAAUAGCAUGCUAUGCUUCAACUCAGUCAUAUUCACCCUCCUCCUGCUUGUUCACUGUAAAUAGUUGUUUCACAGAGAUUAUCAAUAGAGUGCAAUGAGGCUUAAGAGUAUGAAAGUAAGGAAGUUAUGGUGAAACUUUAUUAAAAACUGAUUCGGGCUCAAUUGGAGUAUUGCGUUCAAUUCUGGGUGCCACCUUUUAGGAAGGAUGUGAAGACAUUAGAGAGAGUGAGGAAAAGAUUUACGAGAAUUGUUCCAGAGAUGAGGGACAUCAGUUACGUGGACAGAUUGGAGAAGCUGAGUCUGUUCUUA